AUGUCUACAGUUUCCGACGCUGAAAAGCAGCAGGCCCAGGACCAGAAGGCUCAAGCUUUACAACAACAAUACAACAGAUACCAAGAAAAUAUAACCAAUUUGCAAACUCAACUUAGUACUAUAACUUCUCAAAUUCACGAACAUUCUAUAGUCGACAAAACAUUGAGUGGCAUUGCUCCAGCAGAACGUGGAAACCGUAAAUGUUUUAAGAUGAUUGGAGGAGUGCUUGUUGAUAAGAGUGUUGACGAGGUGAUCCAGAUACUUAACGAUGAAACUAAGAGUUUGAACGAAGAAAAGACCAAAUUUGACCAAGAAUUGGUCAAGGCAAGAAAGGAGAUGGAAUCGUGGAUGAAAAAGAAUAACAUCAAGAUUGUUAAAGGAGGAGCACAAGAAUAA